UUGGGAGGAGAGCGAGCCGAGACGCCGCAGAGGAAGGAGGCAGCCCGGGCGCUCCGGGGAGAGGCGGCGGCGGCGGUGGGGCAGGGAUGCGCUUGCCGGGGGGCUGCCAGAUCCCGGUGCCACGGGGCUCCGCGCGCUGAGCGCCUCGGGGGUCUCCGGAGCGCAUCUUCCGCGCUCUCCAUGCGCUGAUCGAGGGGUGGUGCCGGCUCGGGGAUGAAGCAGGCGAUCGCGGAGCCCGGGCAGCUGCAGGGCCCCCCGGCGUCGUCGGGGCGGGAGCCCGAGGCCCGGUGGCCGCGCGACGGCGCCAAGAGCGAGGCGAGCGAGGCGGAGCGGCUGCGCACCCGCGAGCGCCUGGAGGCCACCCUGGCCGGGCUGGCCGAGCUGGAGUUGCUGCGCCAGCGCCACGAGCUGCGCGUCAAGCGGCUGCUGGCCGCCGCCCGCCGAUGCCCGGCCGGGGGCAGCGGCUCCGGGGAGACGGCGGCGGGAGAGGCAGCCGCGCCAGGGGUCGCCACCGCCGCCCCGCGCAGCCUGGAGGAGAAGUUCCUGGAGGAGAACAUCCUGCUCCUGCGGAGGCAGCUGAAUUGCCUGCGACGGAGGGACGCGGGUUUGUUAAACCAGUUGCAAGAACUGGACAAGCAGAUCAGCGACCUGAGGCUGGAUGUUGAGAAAACGGCCGACGAGCAGCUCGAGACGGACAGCCGCCCCAGCUCAGGCUUCUAUGAGCUGAGCGACGGGGCUUCGGGGUCGCUCUCCAACUCCUCCAACUCUGUUUUCAGCGAGUGUUUGUCCAGCUGCCACUCCAGCACCUGCUUCUGCAGCCCUUUGGACACAUCCCUGAGCGGCUCUGAUGGACGGCCCAUGUCUGCAGAUCUCAUCGGCUGGCUGGAAUAUAACAAAGGGAACCAGCAUGAAGACCCAUCUGUGGGGAUGGCCUCCCGAGUGUUGUCCACACCGCACUCUAAUUCCCUUGAGGUGGUUGCAGACGUGCAUCCAAAAUACCAGUGUGACCUGGUGUCGAAAAACGGGAACGAUGUUUACCGCUACCCCAGCCCUUUACACGCCGUCGCGGUGCAGAGCCCCAUGUUCCUUUUGCCGGUGACAGACAACCCCCCGAGGGAAGAGGGAGAGCACAAUGUUGCGGACCUUUGUGUGGGACCCGAACACGACUCUGCGAAAGCGGGCGCCUCCUGCCUCCCGCAUAGCUCUCCUCCCGAGUCCUGUCCCCCAGCCAGCAGGAAAAUAGACGGCUACAUCUUGAGCCUUGUGCAAAAAAAGACCCCUUCGGUGCGGACUAACAAACUGAGGACGAAUCUGAAUGCAGACCCCGCCAAAGGGAUUUUGAGGCACGGGAGCCUGUGUGUCCGGCAAGUGCCUGGGGUUGCAAGCGGCAGUUCGGCCGCUGCUCUCAAGAACCCAAACCAGGUCUUCCCCCAUUCCAGCAGAGCCAGCACACCGCUUGACAGCAGCGCCUUCUCCCCUCUGAAGCAGCAUUCGAGAGAAACUGAGCAUCUGGAGAGCAAAAAGGUUCCUUCUCCCGUGGUCUUCCCACCAAAUGUUAACCACGAACUUCAAAGCCAGCAGGCGGCGAGGAACGUCAAACCGCCAGAGCCGCCGCGGUGUCCGGUCUCAAGCAAGGGCGACGUCCCCAAGGAAAGCGGCCAGAUUUUUGCGGAGAGCCCUCCCCAACACGCAACGCCCCCGAAGGAAAGCAAAACCCUCCAGCUGCCCCGAAAAAUCCUGUUCAAAAACAGCGGGCCGCAAGCGGUCCACGGUGUUUUGCCGCCUCAGGAAACCAGGCCUCCGCUGGAUUUCAAGAGCGACGGGUUGUCCUCUCAGGGCCUGGAGGAAGGCCUGCUGGUGAACGCCAAAUACAUCCCGGCUCAGCCACAGACGGUCAGGCUUCACAAGGGCAGCCGGAGCGUCAGGAUACUCAAAAGCUCCUUGGUGAAGCACAGAUCCCACCUCGUCACCGUGCUGGAAAACGGGCCACAGACUGGCAGGGAGAAGGCCAAACCCUCCGGCAAGAAGUGCCGUUUCUCCGACGACCUGGAUACAAAUAAGAAGCUGAAGAAGGCCGCCACGAGAGGGAAGAAAAGCGGCCACUUGCCGCCGGAGGCUGCCCUCCUGAGUCGGCCUCCCGGCGUCCUCAAGUCGGCGGUUAGGCCCCACAGCCGGGAGCCGGUGGUGGCGAAACCGAAGCACAAGAGGGCCGACUAUCGCCGCUGGAAGCUGUCGGCCAAGGUCUCCUAUGAAGAAGCCCUGAGGAGGGCGAGGAGGAACCGGAGGGAAGGCCUUGGGGCCUACCCUCAGGCUCCCCACCCGUACGCCAGCCCCUACGCCUAUGUCGCGAGCGACUCGGAGUAUUCGGCGGAGUGCGAGUCGCUCUUCCACUCGACGGUGGUGGACACCAGCGAGGACGAGAGGAGCAACUACACCACGAACUGCUUUGGGGACAGCGAGUCCAGCCUGAGCGAGGUGGAGUUUGUGGGCGAGAGCACAACGACCAGCGACUCGGAUGAGAGCGGGGGGCUCAUCUGGUCCCAGUUUGUGCAGACGCUCCCCAUCCAGGCGGUGGCCGCCGCUUCCGAGCUCCACGAAAACGCAGCCAAAGCCUUCGUCAAGAUUAAAGCCUCACACAACCUCAAGAAGAAGAUCCUCCGCUUUCGGUCCGGCUCUCUCAAACUGAUGACUACUGUCUGAAAGGCAUAACUAGUAGCUGAAGAUGGCGGCAGUGGUGACUGACAUGCCUACGGGGGGAAGAGUGUGUGUGUUAAGGCAGCCUUCUCGAAGUUGGUGACCUCCAAAUGUCUUUGACAUUUGUGGGGAGUUGGAAGGGACCCCUGAGGGUCAUCAAGUCCAACUCCACUGCAAUGCAGAAAUCUCAGCAUGCAGUCCCCCAUCCAAUUUCAAACCAUACUGGACCCUGCUUAGCUUUGCAAAUGUGCUAGCAGUUUUAUAUUGCUGCAGUUUGGAGGUCAUGGGAGCUGCAGAGGUCGGGGUUCAGGGGAAACUGCUGUGGUUGGGAAUUAUGGGAAUUGCAGAGGUCGGGGAGCAUGGGGACUGCAGUGGUCAAGGCUCAUGGGAGUUGUAGUCCAAAACAUUUGGAGGUCACCAGGUAGGGGAGGCGUGAUGUAAGGGUAUGUCUGCAUUUGGGACUUUUCGAUGUGUCUUGGGCACACUUAUUCAGGGCACAGAAGCAACACAAGCCAGCUUCAAGAGAAAAUGCACUUUUCGGGGGGGGGGGGGCUUCCCUUGCAAGAGGCGAGGUGCCCCAGCGGAGAAUUCAUCUCGUGCUGGAAGGCACAGGGCCCUUUGCUAGUCCUUUGCUGAGAGCAGCAAAGCGCUCAGCCUGCCACCCUCCAGAGAGGCAGCCAUGUUGUGUUGUGUUACUGUUUGUGUAUACAUGCUGCCUGCCAGCCAAAAGUGCUCCCAAGAACAAACAGAUGCAUACAAAGACAAUAAUGCAAGCGCAACAUGGAGCAAAUGCGAACGAUGCCAAUUCAAAACGUUUCGGCAGUAUUAAAACCCGUGCACAUCGGUCUUUCUGGCAGGCAAAGAGCAUUCCCCACAAGGAUACUUGAGCAGCCCCUUUGUCUCAUGAGGGUGCUGGGCAGCAAGUCAGGUGAAAAAGCUGGUGCCCCGUGAGGCUUGCAGAAGACUCUCUCCCCUAUGACCACGUGCCCAACAGUCAAGUUGACCUCUCCUUGGCCAGCUUACGCUCAAAGGUUGUCCACUUGCACCAAGAGCAGCCCGGAAAUACUUGCAAGCGAGAGCAGCUCCUCUUGGCUUCUUUUCGAAAUGCUAAGCUGGGGCCAGUAGAUGUUCUUGUGGGGUUGCAUGCCAGGUGCCUGCCCAAAACACCAAACCAGGAUGCUGCUUGCCAAAUCCGCUUGCAGGUAGAUGCUUCAAGCUUCCAAGGCUGCCUCUCCAGUCUUUGAAGAACAUUGAAGGGAAGUUACUAGCUUUUUAUUGAGAUACCGAGGGAGCAAGCAAUAUAUAUCCUAAAUGCAAAGCGUGGUGCUGUGUGAUUAUUAUUAUUUUAACACUAAAUAGCCAGCCAUUGGGACAGGGGAGAAUCAGUUUUGGGACUGUGAUGGACAGGGAGAUGAGCAGUUAACCCUUUUCUUCUGCGCUGCUGAAAAUUCCCUUCCCACUCCCUCCAAGAAGCUAUUGUUUGGCAUGGGAAAAGGGGGGGGGGGAGUUUCAGAGAGUUGAUUUGAGUGGGCUCACGGCGCUGGGGGGGAAGGUUUUUUGUUUUGUUUUUAAUCUUUUCAUUGCGGUCCUGAUCCUGAUUAGUAACUCCCCUGCAGGAGCUGUUUAUUUAAAUAAUAGUAAUAACAAUAACAAUGGCCAUGGCAAAUUAUGCAUUUAACAUAACUUGGGCUGUGGCAAGUACUGCCCCUUCCGGGACAUCUCAAGGCCCUUCCUGAGACAGACUGCCCUGAGACCUUCAGAUGAAGGGCAGCAAACAGAUAUAAUAAACAAAUAAAGUAAAUAACAGCUUUGCAAAGAGGGCAGGUGCCUAGCUCACAAAACAUUUACUCUCCCGCCAGACCACACACACCUGUGCACACUUAUGCAUGUUGCAAGCCUUGCAGGAGGGAUAGUGUGGUCAGAGCAAGCUCUCUUCCACUUUACAAAAGCUUUCUUGCUUGGUCGCCCGAUGGUGACGAUGACUCGCCCUAGGCGACCGGGCAAGUGGCUAUUUGCAAGCCUGCUAUAGCAGAAAAAGGAGCAAAGCCUUUCUCUAUGCAGAAACUUUACCCUCCCUGGUUUCUGGUGCUGCUUCCCUCCUUCCCGGACGUGUGCUAAUAUGCCAAAACGACGGUCUCAUGCAGACGUGCCGAGCGUGUAUGCGCGCCUCUCGCUACUUACACGAAACAAGGUGCUUCUUGUAAAUAUUUUCCCAGAAUGCUGUUUUGAGUUCCUUAAAUGCACAUAUUUAAAUCUUGACGGACUGCCUAAAUGAUGUUACUUGAACCUCCCAACUUUUUUGUUGGAUACUAGUGCCUUUUAAGUGGCAAAACCCACUGUGCUAGUUUUUAACAAAGGAACAGUACCACCACUUUUUCAGCUGUGAUGGCUUCAAGUGCAUAGUGGAGUGGAAAAAACGUCUGCAGCGAGCGUUGAUUUCUCUCCUAGUCGGGGAUGGGUUGAAGGGCAUCUGGACCUAUGCUGAACCUUACUUUGGCUUCUAAACAUCCUUGUUUCAUACAGAAAAGUUGCUCCUCUACCUCUUCUUACAGAGACAGAAACACACCAUUGACAUGCAUGCAACACACACAAUGUAAAGAAGACUGGUGGCUUUUUUUGAGCAGGGGCAACGUGACUUCCCUCUCCCGCGGUCUUCCUUUUCCUUCCUUUUUUCCAAACAGAAUCCCUAGAGUUGUCUGGAUGUGGUUUUUAAUUUUUAAAAAAUAAAACUAGAAUUCAUUAUUAGGAUCUCGUAGGAGGCUGCCUUAUCCCAGAUCAGAAUAUUUGUCAAUCUGGCCCAGCAUUGUCUAGGUCGGUCAUGCCACCACCUGCCAUCCAUAUACCUGGAGAUCCCGGGGAUUGAACCUGUGGCCUUCAGGUGUUCUGCCCUUGAGCUGUGGAAAUAUGAAUUUGCCUUAGGGGCACUGGUCCAGCUAACCCAGUGUCUGGCUAGCAGGUGGACCUCUUUCUGAACAUGGCUAAAUGAUGUCCUUGAGAUGCUGGGGGCUGAAUCAAAGAUCCUUCUGCACAUGUUCUACCUCUGAGCUGUUGGUCUCUUCCCAUCCCUUCCCAGUUGCAGCAUCAGUGCUGCUCAUGCUAAGCACUCUUCCUUGAUAGCAGAGACUGAGGUGCCUUGUAUUUUUGUUUUAAAAUCCCUGCAAGCCACAGAUAUUAAAGAGGUGGUCCACCCCAGUUUUCCA